CAGAUUUCUGCCUGAGGAACAGGAGAAUAAACAUCUACAUAUUCCAUCAACAUGAUCCCUCUGUUCCCAACAGCCUGUCUUCUUUUCUCCCUCCUCUUCCUCCUCAUUCAGCACCGCAAGGCCAUUCGUUCUAUACUUCGAAAAUAUACCACUCCGAAUUACACCCGCCUCCCCGUUUACCAACACGAAGUCGAACUGGAUCAUCUUCACCGGUAUGUAUACUACCAGUACUACUACUAGUACUUAGUACACCCCCCACAUUCCUCGACCAACCACAUCAACUCUAGUACCACUGCUUACACCUAAACCUCACCCUUCCUACUGAAUCUACCAAGCACA